AUGGCAGGGGACCGCACACUCCGGCUGCAGCACGGGAACCGCAUCCAGGCCCUGUGUGUGCUGGGCACUCACAUCACCACCGACCUCUAUGGGGCGGCCCCGGCUGGGACAGUGUCCUUCAGCGUGAAGCACACGGAGGGGGUGAGCGUGGAGGUGGUGUCCCAGAGCCAAGCAGGGGUGGGGGCAGCCCCUGGCAGUGGGACACAGUGGCCACUGGAAAAGGGGACACUCCUGAGGUUCAGCAUGAAGCAGGCCAGCACAGAGGUCAACGAUAACAAGGUCACCGUCAGCUUUUACGCAGAGGGAGGGCAGCACAUCAGCCAAGCUGGGGUCUUCCUCACUGGCAUGGGCAUCUCGCUGGACGUUGACACAGAUCAGGAUGGAGUGGUGGAGAAGAACAGUCCCAACAAGGCCAGCUGGACCUGGGGCCCUGAGGGACAUGGGGCCAUCCUCCUGGUCAGCUGCAACAAGGAGAGCCCCUUCACUCCAGCAUCAGACAGCAACGAUGAAAGGGUAUUCAACAAAGAAGAUUUGCUGGACAUGUCACGGAUGGUCUUGAGGAUUGAAGGGCCACAGCGGGUACCCCGGGGCUAUGAAAUUGUUCUGUAUGUUCCCAUCUCCAAUGCUGACAAAAUUGGGGUCUUCCAUGUGCAGAACCCCUUCUUUGGGCAGCGUUACGUCCACGUGCUGGGCCAGAGGAAGCUGUACCACGUUGUGCAGUACACUGGUGGGGCUGCAGAGCUUGAGUUCUUCAUUGAGGGGCUUCGCUUUCCUGAUGACUCCUUCUCUGGUCUGGUCUCCAUCCAUGCCAGCCUCCUGGAAACCCCGGCUGAGGGUGUCCCCCCCACACCAGUCUUCACAGACACAGUGGUGUUCAGGGUAGCACCAUGGAUCAUGAUGCCCAACACUUUGGCACCAGUGAACAUCUUUGUCUGCAGUCUGAAGGACAACUACCUCUUCAUCAAGGAGAUCAAAAACCUGGUGAACAAGGCUGGCUGUGAGCUGAAGGUUUGCUUUGGCUACACCAACCGUGGGGACCGCUGGAUGCAGGAUGAGAUCGAGUUUGGCUACACCCAUGCUCCCCACAAAAGCUUUCCAGUGGUGCUGGACUCCCCUCGAGGUGGAGGACUGGAGCAACAGGCCAUCAGGGAGCUGCUGGGCCCAGAUUUUGGCUACGUGAGCAGAGAGCCCCUCUUUGAAGCCACCACCAGCCUUGACUCCUUCGGCAACCUGGAGGUCAGCCCACCCGUGACCGUGGCAGGGAAGGAGUAUCCCUUGGGAAGGAUCCUCAUUGGCAGCAGCUUCCCCACAUCUGGCGGGAGGAGGAUGACCAGGUUGGUGAGGGACUUCCUCUACGCCCAACAAGUCCAGGCUCCCGUGGAGCUCUACUCUGACUGGCUGUCCAUGGGUCAAGUCAACGAGUUUGUCACUUUUGUGCCCACCUCUGACACUAAGGGAUUUCGGAUGCUGAUGGCCAGCCCCGUGGCGUGCUACAAGCUCUUCCGGGAGAAGCAGAAGGAGGGUCAGGGUGAAGCCACCAUGUUCAAAGGGUACUCAGGGUCAGACACGAAACGGGUCACCAUUAACAAGGUCCUUUCCAACGACAUCCUGGUGCAGCAGAACCAGUAUGUCCAGCGCUGCAUUGACUGGAACAGAGACAUCCUCAAGAAGGAGCUGGGGUUGACAGAGCAGGACAUCAUUGACCUGCCAGCCCUCUUCAAGCUCGACAAGCAUGGAAAAGCUGUGCCAUACUUCCCUAACAUGGUCCCCAUGAUCGUCCUGGCCAAGGACCUGGGUAUCCCCAAGCCUUUCGGCCCCCUGUUGGGUGGGGAAUGCUGCCUGGAGAGACGGACCCGCUCCCUGCUGGAGCCGCUGGGGCUGCGCUGCUGCUUCCUGGAGGACGUGAGCUGCUACCACGGCCGGCUGGGGGAGGUUCGCUGCGGCACCAACGUGCAGCGACGGCCCUUCGCCUUCAAGUGGUGGCACGUGUCUCCAUAG